AAUUAUCUUGACUGUGCUGCUGGAGUCGUUCACCUAAUGAAGGAAAAGCUCCUUUUUUAUUUUAUUGACGAUAUGAAAAAAAAGCGCGAUUUACAGUCAAUCAUCAAAGAAGCUUCCUACGAGCCUAUUCAAUACUCUAUUCAUGACUAUUCUUCUCACUCUGGAACAUAUUAUCCUCAAAAUAUUACAGUCAAUAAUCCAACUGAACAGUCAUCUAGAUGGUCUUCUGGAUCUCACGACCAAUCUCAAUAUAUCACCUUGAAAUUGGAGAAACCUGUUAUUGCGUGCGAAAUACUCUUUGGAAAGUUUCAUAGAAGCCAUGUCUGUAACCUAAAGGAAUUUAAAAUAUUUGGAGGAAUGGACCUUGACAAUCUAAACGAAUUACUACAUGAUGGCUUAACUAAUGACAAUGAAGCUGAAGUAUUCCCUCUACGCUAUACAUACGAUGACUUGGUGUUCCCAGUUCAAUAUAUCAGGAUUAGUCCAGUAGCUACAUUUGGCAGAAGCUUCAACUAUAGUAUAUGGUACGUUGAAAUUCGCGGAAUCAAAAAGAAUAGCAUUCUAUCACAAGUAUUUGAUGCUUACAUCAAAUACAAGGAGUUAGAGACCAUAAAGCUAUGUCUCAAGCAUUUUAGACAAAAGAAUAUGAUGGAUCUGUACCAUUUGCUAAAAGAAAAGACUGGCGUUGAGUUCGAGCAUCCAUUAAUUAGCAAUCUUCAUCAAGCGCUUGUGAUAGAUGGUAAUUUUGAUGAAGCAGAGCGCAUCAUCGACAAUGCAGAAGCAUCCAGUAUUUUUGAUCAUUAUGUACAGACGGUCAAGUAUUCACUUUUAUGGCAAGAAAUUUAUGCAUCCAAUAGCGACGGGGACACCCCUUGUCCUAGAGGAGGCCAUCAAAUGUGCAUUGACGUUGAUAGUGGAAAAAUCUAUCUAUUUGGGGGUUGGGAUGGCUCAAAGGAUUUAUCAGAUUUUUGGUGUUAUAACAUUGAGAAACAACGCUGGAAGCUUUUGAGCUCAGAUACAUUGGUUGACGGUGGACCAAGCGCAAGGUCAUGCCAUCAGAUAUGUUUUGAUCCAACAAAGAAAUCUAUAUUUGUCCUGGGACGUUAUAUUGAACCCAGUACAAACACAACAAUCGCAGACUUAACUGGCAAUACAUAUGGGUCGGACUUUUAUCAGUAUUUUAUAGAAUUGGAUCAAUGGAUCAAGAUCAGUGAUAAUACACAGAUUGACGGUGGUCCUCCUUUGUUAUAUGAUUUACAAAUGUGCGUAGACCCUGUAGAUCGAAUACUGUAUGUCUCUGGUGGUAGAAUUGCGGCUCCAGGAUCGGCUUCCUAUGCUUAUGGUGGUCUUUAUGCAUAUGAUAUGAUAGCCAGCUCCUGGGAAACAUUAAGACAUGAUGAAAUCACACAAGGCGCCCGCUCACCACAUUCCCCUGAUGAAGCAUACUUGGCACGCUGGGCACCAGGAAACAGAUCCCCUUUACCCAUCCAAACCAUCAAAGGACGCGCGGGGCAUUCAAUGGCCAUUCACGCAGAAAAACGUGGAAUAUAUAUAUUUGCUGGACAAAGGGAAAGAAGCCACUUGUCGGAUCUAUACUACUACUCAAUUGAUGAAAAAAAGAUCAAUAAUGUCGUUGAAAACUUCUUUAAAGGUGAUGGUUCAGAUAUUGGAUAUACUCAGAGAGCUACAAUAGACGAAGAUUUGAAAGAACUCUAUGUAUUUACAGCUUAUGUCAACGGUAUGCCUUCAAACACUGUGAAAAAUCUCAUUUGGGUGUACAGCAUUGAAAAGAAUCAUUGGGAAAAACUGUACGAAAAUGAAAGCCAAGACUCAUGUUCCUCUAAGUGUAUUGAAGGCAUAGAGCCAACACCUAGGUUUGCCCACCAAGUAGUUUACAAUUCCAAAACAAAGGUACAUUAUAUCUUUGGAGGCAAUCCUGGGGACCAUAAGAAUGAACACAGACGACUGAAUGAUUUUUGGGAAUUGAAACUGACCAAGCCAACUUCUGCACAAAUUGUCCGCAAAUGCAUUUACCUCAUUCGUGCACGAAAAUUAUAUGAAAUGUGUGAUAAGAAGCUUCAUAUCAACAGAGAACGGCUAGAACUUAAUUCAAGCAUGAGAAAGGAUACGAUAGACGCACUAAAUUAUUUAAGAAACUAUAUUUUGCCGCUUGUUGAUCACGAAAAUAGGGAAGAAGUGGCUCAAUUUAAGCAGCUCUGUUCACAUCUUUGUAUUCCAACUUAUGAGAAAAAUGAUGCCAACCGUGAAAUGCAAACGGAAGAUUUCACAUUUGCUAGUAGGACAAAAGUAUUUCAAAACUUGCUCGAAUACUUUCCCAAGAACAUGAAAGAACCUAACGGAAGCGUGAUGGAUUCCGUAAAAAUUUUGUAAAAAGAAACAAAAUAAAUGAAAAGGGUGCUGCUGUAGACAUAUUCCGGCGGUGAUACCAAAGUGAAAGAACAAAUCAUGACUUCUCGUUUAUGACCUUCUACAAAAUUAAGCGUUGUUAAUAAACUUAAAGCUUCAAUAAGGUUCACUUUGGCAGUUUAUGUUGUUAUAAAGCAAACGUCAUGUUUAUAUCUGUAUCAUCUACCAGAUUAAAUGAGAAUGCCCCAAG